UGUAUCACAGAAACGGAAAUCACAAACAGAAAUCACCAAUAGAUUAGCGAAAACAAAAAAAAAACUCACACCCUUGGAGUCGAAAAAAUUAUACAUAUAAGGGAGGUGUGACCAGGAAUCUUCAUCCCUGGUGUAAUUAAUACUGGGGGUAGCUCUCCUCCUAAGGCCAAUUAGGUUAAAGAUGUACAUUAAGUCAAGAUGGGCUGGGUAGAGAAAAAAGCCUAGUAGGAUUUUGCAUCAAAAAUUGCCCGGGUUUGAACUUCGGUAUCGGAUACAUUAUUUCAAUUUGAUUCAACUGACAUGACUUAAAUUUUGAUUUUAAGCAAAGCUCCUAAUAUUGCCAUUCAUUUUUUGUUGUAAAUUUUAAAAAAUAAAUUUAUUAAAGAAAACUAAACAAUUAAAUAAACAAUUAAAAACAAAACAAAAAAAUAAAAUGAACGAGAAUAACAACAAAAAUAGUGCAAGCAGUAGCGGAAGUGAAAUAAAUAUAUUAAAUAAUAAUUUAACAACAAAUAUUCAACAUUCUUUAAGUGGAAGUGCUUUAGAAUUUAAUAAAAAUAAUUUAUUUGGAGAUGGAUUACAAUUUGUUAAAAUUACAGAAAGAAUUUUUGCCAUACUUUUUCAUUCUGGUUCUGAUGCUAUUUAUCGAAAUAAUAUUAAAGCAAUUUCUGAACGGUUGAAAAAGACAUUUUUAGACAAAUAUAAAAUUUUUAAUCUCUCACAAAAACGUUCUGAUCUUGGCCGUGCAAACCAACAAGGAAAUGUUUUAGAAUUUGGAUGGCCUGAACCUUUAGCGCCUCCACUAGAUAGGCUUUGUUCCAUUUGUAAACAAUUAGAAAAUCAUUUAAAUUGUUCUAAAGAAAAUGUAGCGGUUAUACAUUGUAAAGGAGGGAUUUAUAGAGCUGGAAUUGUAAUUGCUGCAUUUAUGAAUUAUACAAAUAUUUGUGCUGGUGAAGAGAAUUUACCUGACAGAUUUUCUAUGAAAUUGUUUACGGAAAAAUAUAUGGAAAUAAAUACACAGCCUUCACAUAAAAGAUAUGUAAAUUAUUUUAUCAAUCUUUUGACUGGAACAACAAAAGUGUAUCCAUCACCAAUAUUUUUAUUACAUAUUUCUUUAUCUAAACUAUUCUCUGGACAAACAGUUAAACUAAAAUUGUAUGAAAGAAUGAAGCCAAUUUGGAGUUCUGGCAAAAUAAUAUUAAAAGAAUAUACUUUAAUUGAAAUGCCCGGAAAUAAGCAAUCUUUACGUGGAGAUGUUUUAUUAAAAUGUUAUCAGUCAACAACAAUAAUUAAUAAUAACAUAAAUGAAAAACAAUUAUUAUUUCAAUGUCAAUUUAAUACUUGUGCUAUAGGAAUUGAAUGUUUUAAUAUUCCAAAAAUAUUUUUUACAAAAAUUGAAUUGGAUUGCUUAAAUAAUUGUAAAAAUAAUUACAUUAUAUUAUGUAUUAUAGUCCUGGAAUUCCCCCAAACUGUCAGACCUCCUUAUAAGAUACCCCCAAUAUAA